AAAAUAAAACUAACAGAUCCUACUAUAGAAAAUUCAUCACCAUCUAAAAAUGAUCUCAAUAUUAAGACUCCUGAAACCAGUGAAACCUGUAUACCUUCUUCAUCUUUCACUUCAGUUAAUAUAAGAACUAAUGACAUAAUAUGUUUUGUUAACCGUGUGUUGUCUCAUAGUGAAAUUCAUACAGUUAUAAAUAAUAUAUGGACACCAGAUAUAGCAUUUAAUUUUCCCAUACAUAAAAACUUCGAUAAAAAUAAAAAAGGGCAAACGAGCAAAUUUCAAUUUAAUUGGUUAUUAAGAUGGCGAUGGUUAGCAUACUCUGAAAAAGAAGACGGUGCAUUUUGUAAACUUUGUGUUGCUUUUUCCAAAUCUGAAGGUGGAAUAAAUGGCCAGAAACUUGGUGCUUUGGUUAUAAAUAAAUUUGAUAAUUGGAAACACGCUAUAGAAACAUUUACUAAACAUGAUAAACUAAAUUAUCAUAUUAAAAGUCUUGCAAUACGAGGACAUAGAGAUUUUGGUAAAAUUAAUGUAGAUACAAUACAAACUUCAAAUGAAGGAAACUUUAGGGAACUAUUGCGGUAUAGAGCUCGUGGUGAUCUAAAGCUUAAAACAUUUCUUGAAGGUCCAGGUGAACGAAAUAAAUAUGUUAGUCCUACUAGCCAAAAUGCUAUUAUUGAUUGUUGCAACACGGUAAUACUUAAUAAAAUUGUAGCUAAAAUAAAUAAAGCAAAAUGUUUCACUGUCCUCGCUGAUGAAACUGCCGAUGUAUCUGGUAUAGAGCAAGUGUCUUUAUGUGCUAAAUAUGUUGAUGUAGAUGAAUUAGUUGUCAGAGAAGAU